UUAGUUCAGCAACAGAUCAUCUUCAUCAUCAACAUUUCAUUUGGAUUUAAAGGAAAGAAGAAGAGAAAACAAAGAAUGAAGGAAUAUGGAUUAUCUGGUUUUGGAUGAACUUGAAGAUGAGAAAAGGAAUGGAUGAUGAAGUGCUUGCCGGUUUUGCACGACGUACAAGGAAAAGACGUGAUACCCAUGAAUCAAAUGGACCUGUAAGUCAAGAGGAGGGGGAGACCUCUAGAGCGGUAACAAUUGAGGAUAUCGUUAGAGUUAUGUCAGGAAUAGCACAACAGCAUACACCGACAAAUAAGUUUGCUGAAUUCAAGAAAUUGGCUCCACCAUACUUUGAUGGUAGCAGCGAUCCGCUAAAAGCUGAUAAGUGGAUAAAAGAGUUGGAGAAGUUCUUCGAUGUACUCAAAUGUGACGAUGCGGAAAAGGUACGAUUUACAAUAUUUCAGUUACAAGGAAAUGCAAGCGACUAGUGGGAGUUGGAGAAGCAAACUUACGAGCGCGAUACAAGUACACUCUCAUGGGAUACAUUUAAGAAAGCUUUUUACAACACCUACUUUCCCAAGAGCUUGAGGCAAGAGAAAGAGAUGGAAUUCAUAAAUCUGAAACAGGGGAAUAUGACUAUUACUGAAUAUCAAGCUCGGUUUGUGGAAUUAGCAAAGUUUGCUCAAUCAUGGAUGGGAAGUGAGACUACGAAGGCGAGAAAGUUUGAAAUGGGGUUGAGUCCCCACAUUAGGCAAGUUGUGGUUCCUUUUGAGCUUAACACUUUCAUUGAGGUGGUUGAUAAGGCACGAUUGAUUGAAAGGGAGUUGGGUAUUAUGAGAAGGAUGGAUGAGGCGAACUCGAAGAAAAGAGGUCAUCAAAGUGCCAAUGAAGGAAGUCGAAACUCAUUCCAGA